GAUUGACACUGACAGGUGACAGGAGGGUGUUUUCGUCAACAAGAAAAAGAAGUGUCACAGUUGUGUAUAAAGAAUCUAAUAUUUCCACAAAUUUGAAAUUGUCUACACGUCACCUUUUGUAAAUGCAUAAUUCGAAGUGAAAUGAUUCCAAAGAUCGCGAAAUAAUGAGUUGGUUCGAUGCCACUGGUUUUGCUAGCAUAGCAAAAUCAGCUUUGAAAGAGGCCCAAAGGACCAUCGAUAAAGCCUUAGAUAUCAAAGAGGACGACCCUAGUAUAGCUCCAGCGAAUACCCCAGUGGACCCCAAUAAUGAGGACUUCUUUGGAACUUGGGGCCUUGUGCAGUCUGGUACUGCUAAGGAGACGAAGAGGUCUACUACUUUGGAUACUGUGAAAGAACCUAGGAUGGCCUCCAGUCUUUGGGGGUCUUUUACGGGGUCUUUUUUCGAUAGUGGGAAAUCCAGUGAAGCCAAAACAACAGCACAUGGCUUAGAAGACAGUGGUGAAGGAAGCGAACAAUUUAGCAAAAGUAAAUUAGUAGUACAAACGUCUGAGGAUGAUGCUCAGCAGUUGGUGGCCUCAGAUAGUGAUCUGUCCAGUAGUAUUGUUCAAAGCAGUGAGAGUAUUGCUGAUUCAACAUCAACCAAUGUAGCUAGCCCAUCUAAUGAUGGGAAAGUAGCAGAAUCAAAUUCAUUAACCAAACAAUCCAAUGAGACAAGUGCUGUAAAUAGUUCUGAAAGUGUUGAUAUUAUAACUUUUAGUACAGAAUGCACCACUAGUCCAGAAUCAGAUGUUCUUCAAUCAGUCGAACAGUCCAUGUCUGCAUCAAGUUCAGCGUUAGGUUUGAAGCCAAUGUCAGAAUCAGUAGAAAUAUUAGGUGAUAGCUUAACUAGUCCCAGUUCAGUAGAAGUAAUUGAUAGCAAUACAACUAGUCGACCACAGUCAAGGCAUACAGAUGAAUUCGUAUCACCAUUGAAUACACCUUCACCUUGGUCAGAAGAUAAAUCUAGUAGCUCCAUUGAAAAAAUAUCACCGGAAAUCUUGGAGGUAGUCCCCGAUGUGGACGAAAGCAGCAUGGCAGACGACAGUAUGUCAUAUACAUCAGUAUCAGAAGGUACAGCUGCCACUGUAUUGGAUUCGGCCUUUAAUCCUUACGCAACAUCGCAAAAGAUACUGAAAGAACCAACGAAUAGGUCAGACAGUGUAGAUACGUCUGUGAGCUCGGAAAAGAGUUUUGCCUUAGGCGACGCAAUAACUAGGGCGCCUAGUCGGAGUACGAUGCAUUUGCCGUUAGCACAAGUUAGUCAGAUUCUAAUAGAUACUCAACCGCAGAGCUCCAAGGAAGUACCUCAGCUGCUUCUGAAAUCGAAUAUCAUUGACAUUCCUCAAGAAAGCAAUGUGACGACUAGUACUGAAUCAUCCCAACUAGAGUUGUCAAUGGAGGACGGAUCGCAUUCUGAUAAGACUAUGAUUGGUAGCGACAACAUGAUGGAAAGUAGCAGCGACACGAGCACAACGACGGAAACGAGCAGCCAGUCAGCGUACGUGAAGAACAUGUUAGCCGACGCGAUGACUGAAAAACCUGCCUGCAAUACUGCGGAACAGAAACUGAGCGAUUUUCAAAAUCCCGCGAGCGCGACAAGCGAAUCGAAUAAAAGCAAUUUGCUAGAAAGCAUAUCUGCCUCUCAGAUCGAGUUGAUGCCCAGGGAAACGUCGCCGAUCAGUUCAGAAAGCCGAUCUGAUCUCGUGAAGAUUGGUUCGGACCAUACGUCAGGUCACACGUCCGGCGACGAACUAGAAACCACCACAUCCUCAGACAUUGAAAUAAUCUCGAGUCCGAACGGCGAUUCGAGCAGUACCCAAAGUCGACAAAGCCCCGCGAAACAGACUGCAUCCAAACCGAAAUCUGACGACUCCGCGAUAGAUUCUUUGCUUUACAAGAUGACCUUGAAAAAGGCCAAAGGACACACGAGAGAACUAUCGGAAGCGUCAAGCAUAAGCGAUGACAGCCAUUCUUCUGAAGUUGACAGAUUGCUGAAAAGAAUAUCCGAAAUGGCGGAGAUUCUGGAGUCGAGGGAGGCUAAGAUUAUAGAUAUGAACAGGCGGAAUGCAGAGGUACAGGAGUUGAACAGCAGUUUGAAACUUCAGCUUGACUCGAUACUUUCUAAGCAGCUGGAAGUUGCCGAUCUGUCACAGGUGACAGAAGAGUACACCCAAAGACUUUCAGCGCUGGAAAAAAAAUUCCAACAAGCUAUCAGGGAGAAGGAUGUUUUGAGAAAACAGCUGGAACAAUCCAAGCAAGAUGCCGCGACGAGAAUAAGUAAAAGCGAACUGGACUCGCUGGUUGCCGAGAAAGAGGAUAUUAUCAAGCAGCUUAGAGAUGAGGGCGCGAAACUGUCCAAGCAACAGUUGCAACAUUCGAAUAUUAUAAAGAAACUUAGGGCUAAAGAGAAGGAGAACGAAAGUACCAUAAAACAUCUAAGGGAAAGCAUCGAAUCCCUCUCAGUAGAAUCAGACCGAUUGAAAAAAUCCCUGAGUGCUAAAGAGGAAGUGGAGAGAACUCAAAUCGAAGCAGUAUAUCAAUUGACCAAUAAAAAUAAAAAGUUAGAAGCUGAAAUUAACAAAUUGAAAAAUCAACUGGAUGAUCUGACGCAAAAGCACGAGACCGUAAAAAAAUCUUUCGACGCCGCCAAAAAGGAAUUGCAGGACAAGAAUAAGAUCAGCUCCGAGUUGCAUAUGAGGGAGCAGAUCUUGGAAACGUUGGAGAAUCAAAAGAAAGUGACCGAGUCGCAAAAUGAGGAGAUUUUGAAUCAGUUAGAAGACCUGAGGUACAAACUCAGACAGUCCGAAGAAGAGUUUACAAAGAAAGAGCAGCAAUAUCGCGAAAAGCACGGGUUAUUGCUAAGAAAGUUGGAGGAAGCUGAAGCGAAAAACGAGGAACUGUCACAAACGGUGCUUGAAGUCAGUAAACCAUUGGUUAGGCAGUUGGAGUCCCUUCAGGCCACACAUAGUAUGAAAAUGUCAGUAUUUGAAAAACUAGAAGAGGAGCUGAAUGCCAAAAUUAGUGAAUUACAAGCAAGGUUACAGAAUUCCAUCAGCAUAGAAAAGACGACGAAGGACGAAUGCAUAGAAUUACGAACCAAACUGGCAGAAAUAGAAGGUUUAUACAGCACUGCCAAGCAUAAACUUGACAUCGUACAAAUGGAAGUGGAACGGUUGACUGCAGAAAAGUUAAUAUUAGAGCAAGAAAUGAAUAGUAAAAUAAAUAAUUUGAAAGAUACCAUAAGCAAAAAAGAGGAAGUGAUUUCUGAGCAAGACAAGAAGAUAAGCAAGUUACAAAAGGAGCUGACCAUAGCAAAAACCGUAAAGGAGACGGAAAUCCAACCGACUGAGGUGGUUCAGAGUCAAACGAAGGAAAAGACUGAAAUGGUACCUGCUGAAGGUAGUUCCCCAAGGACUGACACGAAUUCCCCCACAUUGAGCCUCGGAAAAGCUUCAGUUUCGGAUUCUAUGGCUAGCUCAUUUUGGUCACAGGAUGAACCAUUCGAGGUGACCCACGCACCACGCUACACCAACAUGUACGAGAUGCAAAUGCUGCAAUCGAAUCUGAAACAGCGCGAAGGCGAAGUCCAACAGCUGCAAUGGGAACUCAACCGAAGGGAACAAGAACGCACGCUGCUCAACGACGAGAUAUCCACGCUCCUCACCAGAGUGGAGACGCUCGAGGGGAAAGCGUCGGAUUACGAUAAGCUCAGCGAAAAGUUCAAAGAACUGGAGAAACAGUACGACACGCUGUGCCUUCUGUACGGCGAGAAGGUCGAGGAGAACGAGGAGCUGAAGUUGGAUCUGACCGACGUCAAAGAGAUGUAUAAGGGUCAGAUUGAUGAGUUGCUCAGGCAACAGAGGUUAGCGCAAGGUCAAGCUGGUACCAGCACGAACUGAGGGAAGUUUUUAUAUAUUUACAUACGUAGGGGUAGGUCUUAUCUGCUGCGGACUUAGCGAGGAAAACAAAUUGCUUCAUUAGUGUUGUUUUUAGGGAGGAGGAGACAGUAACCCAAGUAGCACAACUAAAUCUCAAAGACGUUCAAAAAACGUCAUUUCGAGAUAUUAGAGACGUCGUAAAAGCUGUACGUCCUAAAUACAUGAUAAAGAACAGGCGGAUUAUUAAAAAAAGUGUUUUAAUUAAAAAAAUAAUUUUUUGUGUUACCAAACUUUUUCUCAACCUCAUGGUGGCUCUGGCAUACACCAACCCUUUUAGCAGUAGCUGAAAUAAAUGAGUAGGUAGCGGAGACCGGGGCGGAAUGGGGACCGUAACAUUCAAUUUCAAGUUUGGGUGGGUAAAUGAUGUUACAGAAAUUUAAAAAGGUACAUAAUGAUCUAUUGAGGUAUCAUAAACAUGAAAACACAAACAAAUAUGAAAAUAAGGCUAACAGUUUUUUUAUGUCAUCAACUUAAACAAAAAGUGUCUUUUACUCCAUUCUGCCCCGCCGGCGGGGCACGAUGGGGUAUUCCGGUUUACAAAUGUCACAAAUCAGUUCUGACUCGUCGUCGUCACUAUCUAUUCCCGCACAAGAGUACACUGAAUGCAAGAAAUCCAACCUUCAGUUGAUGUUGAAUAUUGGUCGUUACAGAAUAAACAUAAUGUGUCUUCUUCUUCCUCCUCGGAGCUUACUCUAGCUUCUAUUAUCUUUUGCUUUUUUGGUCGAGACAUCUUUUCUGUUUCCCUCUUCUGCUUCUGACCUGAAAGAUUUUUUUCACUUUGUUUUUUCUAAUGCCUCCGUCAACUCUGCUUUAUACGGUGACUCUGUAAUAAUAGUGGUUUUGCCUCUCUUUCUCUGCACUCGCUUAACGGUUGUCGUUAGUUUUGGUACUGGCAUAAAAGCUUCCGGAGAAACGGCUGGAUAACUAGAGGUGAUCACUUUUUUUAUUGGUGCAAUAGGAGUGUCAGACAUUCAGGGUAAAGAGCCAUUUUCAGUUUCGUUGCUAGUUUCCUUUAGUUCUCUGGGAGGUGGGGUUGAGGGAUCAUUGAAGGAAUUAUUUUCUGGAAAAUCAUCGACUUGAGUUACUUGAGUAGGGGCAAUUUCUGUCUCAGCAAUGGGAAUAUUACUUGUCUCGGCUGGUAAAAAGUCAUCGUCAGUGAAAAUUCCCUCGUUUGUUGGCCAAAUACCAGUUUUUUCAAAACCUUUUAGCGCGGUUUUCAUAUUAGCGGCGUUAAUAAAAGCUUGUCCAAACAAGGUUGAAAUUUGAAAUAAAGUAACAACCUUACCUGGGUUUGAUCGCAACCAUCUUCGCACUUCAUCUUCGUAGUAUAGACUUAAAGGUCUCAUAAAUGCCACAUCUAGAGGCUGGAGCCUGUGCGAACAGUGCGGUGGGAAACAUAAUAAAAUAACGCCAUUAUCUCGAGCCAGAUCUAUUACAUCGAUGUUUUUCGUAUGAGAUGCAUGUCCAUCAAAUAGUAAGAGCACGGGAGUUUCUUUUUUUGCACCAGAAAAUUUAAUAAACUUCUUGAACCAUUCGAAAAACACUUCCAGAGUCAUUUGCCGCAAUCCAAGCUCCAGGUGGCAAGCGAAAUUCAAAUUCUUGUCUCUUCUUUUGUCGCGGGAAAAUCAAUAGGGGGGCAUGAAAUUUCCCGCAGCAGAGCAACAAAUUUCUGCCGUUACUGUAUUGCCACGCUCAGCAGAAGUCUAUACUCCUACCUGACGUUGUCCUCUAUUUGCAAUAAUCCUUGAAUGCUGCUUUGGAAUCACUGUAAUGCCAGUCUCAUCGCAAUUAUAAAUUCUUUCACAGGUAAUUUUUUUCUCAAUAAUAACUUUAUUUAAUAAUGUAAAGAACUGCGCGACUGCUACUCGGUUAAAUCCCAUGGCACGUGCUCCAGAAGUGGCCUCAGGCUUCCUCAAACUUAACUCUGAAUGACGCCUCAUAAAUUAGUGGGCCCAGUCUUCCCCCGCCAUUUCUGUAUCUUUGUUAAAUGGAUGCUCACAACCAUUCUUUUAAUGUUAAACCAAACAAUCUCUUUUGCAUAUCCUUUAAAUAUACAACUAGUUCUACCUCUUGGUCUUGAGUAAAAACACAGUGAUAUUUGCCAGCGGUUUUAUCAAUCACAGAAUUUGGGUCAGUCCUACGCUUUUUCACGUAUCUUUCCAAUGUAGUUUGUGGAAGCUGGAAUUGAAUUGAAGCUUUCUUGCAACCCAUUACGCCACUUACUACUGCAGCUACAGCUCGUUCCAUAGUUUCAGAACUCCACCGUUGCCGAUCGGUCUUUCUAAUAUAAUUGCGAACCAUCUGAAAGCAACACAAGGCAUCAAAAUGAGAUCGUUGAUAAUAAGGGGCAGAAUGGGGUCCCAACCCGUUCUGCCCCACAAGCUACUCAUAACAAAAUAUAACCUUUGCAUAGACACGCUUUAUUAAUAUUUUGUCGUGAAUAUGCCACAUGCCGUGUACAGUUAAAUGAACAAAAAACGCCAAAACAAAUAAUUAAAUAACUUACAUUGUAUUAAAAAUCCUGAAAAGUUAUAUCCACAUGCACAAAUUCAUUACGUUUGGCCGAAAACACUUUGAACUGUUUGCUGUAAUCUGUUCAUUGUUGCCGACCGAUGCGUGGCGUUCUACUAAACGAUAACAGAGGGCGCUAGUAACAUCUAGCCUUUACAGUGAGAAAUAUGGUAUGCAAACCGUUCUGCCCCGCCCCGGUGUCCCCUACAGGUUAUUCCAUAAACUUUUGAAUUGCGAUCCAAAAUGUUUUUUACGUUGCUCGUAUGCUUUUUAGCAUACUUGUUGGCAAUGCCGAAAUGAGUGAAUGAUGGGAUAGAUACUGAUAAUCAGGUGUAUUAUUUUUAAAUCCUUAAAGUUCAUUGCCCUUUCGGUCAUAAAAACUGCAUUCAAGGUGGCACGUUCUUUUUUUUAGAUUUCUUUUCAGCUUCCUGUUUGCAGCAGUAUUCUAAAUCCUUUUCAUCUGAUAAUUUCAUGGUGUGUAUAGAGAUGAACAAAAAACAUUUUUUUUAUUUUUAAAAAACGCAUUUUUGUUUCUUCAAUCGGAACUUGUUAACAAAUAUAAGUACAUCUCUGAAAUUGUGUGUGAAUAUUCCUCUUUGAUGGAAGAAUGAAACGAGUGAUUACUUUUGUUUUGAUCACUUUUCCUUUUCGAAAAAUCUUUGAUUUUCUUGAAGCCUCUUCUCGCAGCAAGUCGAGUUCACGUGCAGAAGAUACGUUUUCACCGCUAGUCCCAUGGAUUUAAUAAAAAGAACAUGCUUUUCAUAAAGAGCCAGCCAGAAAAAUGUAAAGCACUGACGUGUGAAAGUUGAUCUGUUACUAGAAAUUAUUAAUUCGAAAUCUUGAUUAAAAACUAGGUAGGAUGCUAGGUUCUUACAAAAUAAAUCGGUCAUAAAAUAAUAAAUCCACUAUUAAUUUUAUACCGAAAAUGAAUAAGGUCAAGAUCAUAAUUUUACUGAGUUUCAUACAUGUGUCAUUUUUAUCUAGUAGAUUUAAGUUUAUAAAAUAGGAAUAUGAAUAUUUUAUUUUAUCAUCUGCCUAAAUGGUUAAGGCUUUAUCAUCUGUGAUAAUGUAAACUUUGGAAAAAGCGUUAUUUAUACUUUAUGAAGUUACACUGUGUUUAAUAAAUUAU